AUGCUACACCAAACUACUAUGACAGAAUUUGUUCUCCUGGGCUUUUCUGAGGUCCGAGAGCUACAGAUUUUAUACUUUGUGGUGUUUCUUUUUGUUUACUUGGCAGCUUUGUUGGGGAACUUUCUCCUCAUCGUAACCCUAACUCAGGAUGCACACCUUCAUAGCCCCAUGUAUUUCUUCCUGGCCAACUUAUCUUUGUCAGAUGUCUGCCUCAUCUCUGUCACUAUCCCAAAAUCCAUGGCCACUUCAUUGACAAGCAACAAGCUGAUUUCUUUCUCUGGAUGUGUCUGUCAGGUUUUCCUGGUGAUUCUGUUUGCUGGUGCUGAGCUUUUCCUUCUCACCGCCAUGGCUUAUGACUGCUAUGUAGCAAUUUGCCACCCUCUGCAGUACACGCUGAUCAUGAACUGGAGCGUUUGUCUACGAAUGGCGGCUGUUUCUUGGAUAAGCAGUGUGGUCCAUGCAGUGGUGGAAACUGCAAACACCUUUAGGUUAAACUUCUGCAACUCUAAUGUUAUAAAGCAGUUUUUCUGUGAUAUCCCUCAGUUACUAAUACUUUCUUGCAGUGAUACACUGGCAAACAAGAAGGUCAUUUUUGCCAGCGUUGUUACUGUGGGAUUAUUCUGUUUCUUGUGUAUAUUGGUUUCCUAUGGUUACAUCUUUUUUACUGUGGUAAAAAUUCAGUCAGCUCAGGGUAAACACAAAGCCUUCUCUACUUGCACCCCACACCUGACUGUCUUUUGUUUGUUUCUUUUUACCUCUGCCUUUUCCAAUAUGAGACCAAGUUCAUUAUCCUCCCCAUCCACAGACUUGCUGGCAGCUGUUCUGUAUACAGUUUUGCCGCCACUGAUGAAUCCCAUAAUAUACAGCCUGAGAAAUAAAGAUAUCCAAGUGGCUGUGUGUAAAAUGGCCAAAUUCUGGAUUUCACAGAGUCGGUUCAUAAAACCUUUUUCAAGGGAUCCUGACAAAAAGUGUACAAAAUAA